AUGGACACGUGCGAGCACGACACCAGCCUCGAAGAAAUCCAAGUCCCACCCGCGACAGAGCCCUUGCCAGAUGACGACGGCGCAUGCACCGCAACACGUCUCUCGAGUGUCGGCACCGCCAGACGAAUACAAACCCCAUCACCCAUGACAAACCCGUUCUGGUUGCGGCGGCCUGGUUCAGCAAAGGUGGACAUGCGCAGAGCUCGCCAUGGGAACACCGAUACGUCGCCAUCAAGGUCGCGGUCACGCCAAGUGGACUCGCAGAUGAGCGCAAAAGGAGAAGUUCAACUCAGCCUCCCAAAGGCACCAAUCCGGGCUCAGAGCACUCCACGCAGGUCUGCACUGCCAGAUGCGUACAAGUCCAGCGCCUCAGCUUCCAUGGAUAUCUCGUCACCCGUAAAAGACGAUGACACCCCAAGGCAGCUGACCAAUGCCGAAGCACAGUCUACUUCGACAGCAGCAGAAGAACCAUCAUACACAAUAGAAGCGGUCCAUACAGCCACCGCUGCAAUCACACAAGAGACCACCCACAGCAAGGAACCGGCGCAACGCUCGCAGCGGACUGUACCCAUUGUCACUUCAUCCAUGGGCAGUCAAGACACGCACGGGUCCCAAAAGCCCGUCUCGUUCACAACACGCAAACCACGUAAAAGGCCAAGGGCAGUCAACUUUGAUUCAUCACCAGAAAAGGUUCCGGCAGCGCCAAAGCCACGCCCCCAGACCGUACUUGAAAACGACAAUAAUGCACCUCAAGACGAUGUGGUCCAAGGAGACGCCACAGCGAAACAGAAAGAUGACCAAGAGCUACAGAAAAGUCGAGACUCGGACUGGUCUACGCAGGCCGCCAUGUUACGAGCUCAACUCGAAUUCCAGCAAAGCACUUUCCCAUCCAUGUCGUCCAAUCUUCUCCGGGCCGGGUCACAAACUUCAAUUGACACACCUCGUCCGAUAGGGGCUGUAUGCAAUGCAGUGACAACACCCUUUUCUGCCUUUACCGUCCAGCGGGACGGACCGCUUCUCAACGAAAGCAUGACACAUGGGCCACCCAUCAGCACGCAGGAUCUCUUCGGUGCAGCAUCUCCAUUUGCCUUUAGCACGGUGAAGAAGCCGACGCAAGGAGGUCACGGGAGCAAUCUGAGGUUUGCUCAAAGCCCGGGCGAUGUGAUAUGCCAAGCCAGUAAUGCAGAUAAGAGCCCCACGCCGUCCAUUGAUCGCAUCCCACUAAAGGAUAAGAACACGACCACGUCCCUUUGGAGCUUCGUCAGCGAAAAAGCAUCGCAGGGCUCGCAAGGAUCGUUGGGAGACAAGUCAAGACGUAUGACAAAGGACGGAUGUCCCCCGUUGGAUGUUGAAGGCUCGCUGGAUAGCUUCGGCGCCAACGGAAAUUUGCACUUUACAGACAGCUUUCUACAUGGACUUGCAAGAAGGGGAGAAUCAUAUACCCAUGCCGAUGCAGACCGCCAGUCGUGUCGGGAACAACGGCAUUGUGCGUCGUACGAAGGGCCUCCCAGUACCGUGGCACAUGAUCUAUGCCAUGACAGAGAGCAGUUCUGUACCGGCAUCACAAAACUGGGUGCGCGGCCUUUUGCACAGCCAGCGGAAGCUGGGGACGAAGGCGCGGAGACGGGACCACGCCUAGUUUGCGUCACAUGGAGGAAGGCGGCAGAACAGAGUGAGGCAGUGAAGCAGCUACAUGCAUGUUGCCCGGUAGCCCAUGCCAUGGACAUGUCAGGGCUCGUAACGUGGUCCGACGACACCUCUCACUCGCUGAAUCCAGCACCACCCCCGGAGCCGCCAGCUGCAGCCCUCCCCCUCGGCCUGCAGCCCUUGCCAUCCGCCAGCGCCGCUGCUCUGCACGCUAAUCUCCCAGACCCGCCCCUGCUGGCCCUCCGCUGUGUCUCCGCCGCGCCCAACGACCGCAUCCUGGCCAACAUCAGCAACGCCCGUCUGGCCAUAUCUGCCACCCAUCCCGCCACGAGGUGCCCUUUAGACGGUCGAAUCAAUGUCGAGCCCAUGUCACCCACGCCCGACGCCCACGGAAAUACCUCACCCCCCGCACAGGUGAGGUUGAAUGCCCCAAAUGAUGCGCCCACGCCCCAGCCAGACCGCGAAGCCGUGACCCCGAAGAGCCUCGCCCAGACGGGCCGUUCACGUACGGCGCCCAUUGUGCACGAAAAUCAUCUGUGGAAGUCGUCAAUUGACCGGCCCCAGCUUGACGAGCGCGACAGCAUCUUCGCGACUACCUACCUCGCCUCGGACAGCCCCAUCUCCUCCCCCCGCGCCGCUGCUCGCCAGACUGACUUCGCACACGAUGAACCCGAACACAGCUUGUCCGAAUUGGCUGCCCCAACUCCUCCCACGGCGCGAUUGAAAGACCCGCCCAUUAUACGCAGGAAGCACUCUACCCUCCCGCCUACUCUCCCAACCACAGCCUCCAUCGACCAUCACGCCCUUCUGACCACGCCCUUCAACCCCCGUGCCGCCAUUGCAGCCGGUAUGGGUCUCGAGGUCACCCGCCACAGCCCCCCUCCCUACAUGAGUCCUGUCGACUCCCCUCUGCAGCGGCCAACCACACCACAGCGCUCUGAGCUCCAGCCCGUGUUGCACGAAGCGCUGCUAGAGAGCGAGGAGAGGCGCCGAAACAGAGAAUGGCGAGAGGGCAAGCCCGUCCCGUUCAAGGGUAACAUCAUUCUCGACAACCCUGUCAUGGGCGUGGACAUGGAAAAGAAAAUUGAAGCCACCCUCGCCAAGACCGAGCAGCCAACAUCGGCACGCAGUCGGAAAGCAAGCCACUAUCUGCGCGUUUUCAAGGAUGGCGAUCCUACCGAAGAGCCCAAGAAGAGAGAGGGUAAGCCCAAAGAACGCGCCUCUGCCGAUCGCCCACUCUCUACGCUGUCAGAGGAAGUGUCAGCGGGACCCAACACACCUGAGACUAGUGCCAGUGCCCUUACUCAGCAACUACGUCGAUCGUCGCUUGCUUCACCAAUUGUGCAGUCCCCUUUGACUGGCCCAGCCGACUCCUACUUCGACACUAAGCCAGCUUCACGUACCGAACCAAAUACUGGCUCUACGCCCCCCACCCAGCCAAGCCUACGAUUAGAACAAAGCAACGCAGAGAAGCGGGAGCUCCCGCGGCGGCUCUUGGAAGACAUUCGUGGCUUUGGAAAUCUGAGUCCCGGGUCUUUCUACUCGCAUAGUCUGCCUACUUCAGCAGUCGAAAAAGUGCAUGCACACGCAUCAACAAACGGGGCAGUGCAUUAUGAGGAGCCACCCGACUACUUCCAGGCCAAGGACAGGAGCAACGCCGAGCGUACGCCAGGCUCAGAAGAAGAAGACGAAUCGGAAAAGGAACAGAUCUCAUCAGCUCUUUACUUUCCUCAUCGUCGUCUCAAGGCAGGCGAUCAGGCCCCUGUAGAACCAAAGCCCCGAGAUCGAGAGGUAAUUGAUGUUGACAAGAGGGCCUCGUUUCAUGAGAGCGCAGGGCCCAGAGGAUGGGCCGCGGAUAAGGAAGUUCAGACCCCGCAAGAAGUAGAAAUCUCUCUACAGUCCCAAGAUACAAAUCAAUGCCUGCAUGGUGACAUCUCCACGGCAACUUCCGUAAAGAAAGAUAAAGAUCAGCCACUGACGUCCUCGGUUGUCGAUACGCUUUCAGCUGAAUCUGAACCCGAGUCCCUCGCCGAGUCUACUCAUUCACUUCUUGGCUAUGAAUCCAGUGCGACUGAUGAUCUAGGCACUACGCCCACUGCGACAAAACACAAACAGGAGCCCAAGGUCGCCACAGCUCUAGCCGCUCAGCCACCGGCACCAUUGGGUGCUGUUGAACUGAAGCCGUACGAUCACCAAGUGGGCGGUCAUUCUACUGUCUACCGAUUUUCGCGAAGGGCUGUAUGCAAACAGCUCAAUAAUCGAGAAAACGAGUUCUACGAAACGGUCGAGAGGCAGCAUCCAGAACUCCUGGACUUCUUACCAAGGUAUAUUGGUGUCUUGAAUGUGACUUAUCGCAAAGCACCCAAGAAAAAGAAGACGUCCAAGGACAAAGCCAAACAGGAUGCCCCUCCUACUACUUCUACGACUCAAUCGGAGACUGCUUCAAGACAAGCUUCUGCAGCUCCUGAAGAUUCGAGGAAGCCAGAGACUACCCGCGUGGUCAGCCAUUCGCAGCAGAUUAUGCCCGUUCCACAGGUCAUUUUCGAAAACAACCGACACAUUAUCCCGGAUAACUUGUUCAGGGUACCGCCGCGAUCCACUACUCCAGAUCCCUGGAUGAGAAAUCCUGCGCUCUCCUCACAACAACAUCGACGAUACCAGAGCGAUUAUACUAACACUUCUACAAGCCCCACGCGUCCCCAGUUACCGCAUACCAGCAGCUGGGGCGUAACGACGAUCAACAGAAAGCUUCAAGAAGAGGUACUUCGCCAGGUUUUUGCACCUCCGACCAUUCACCAUCGCCCGCGACAUCAUCAUCACCAUGGCAUCCCUUCUCGUAAAAUGGGAGAUGUGCCACAGUCCACGGUUGGUUCGGCACCUACCAUUAGAAGGAACAGCACAGAUGUAUCGGCAUUGCAUCCACCACUUCCAGAAGAAUGUACACGAAAGCAAGUUCUAAAGUCAGAAGCCCGUCGUCAUGCUUCAGGAGGAAAUCCCAUUUCAGCCGUCUCUAGUUCAGUUGAUGGGUCGCAGGCCAACACAGAGCCAUUGAGGCCCCCGCCGAACAACAUCCCUCGACGCCGUCAUUCUGGAAGUGGGCUAACUAGGAGGCCUUUGGGCAUAGACACGGUCCAGAGACACAACCUAGAGUACUAUGAAGAGGAUGGUUACGGCGGUGAUGCGGAAGAAGAAGUCUUUGCUAUGGACGAAGAUCAUAAAUCCAAGCCCGAAGCGGAUGAUCGGGACAGAGGUCGCCCAUUGCACAGCCCCAAGGCUACAAACAUACCUGACACUCAACCCCCGUCGGAAGGAACCAUGUUACCUGCUGCUCCCAUGCCGAACGGCCAAGGCAUACCAGUAAUUGAAGAGCCUUCUAACCCGGAACAGGCGCAGCAACAGCCUGAUGAGCGUGUCCAGCAUUUCAUCCUUCUGGAAGACUUGACGGCAGGCAUGUCCAGGCCUUGUGUGCUGGAUUUGAAGAUGGGAACACGCCAGUAUGGUGUAGAAGCAAACGAGAAGAAGCAGCGCUCGCAACGGCGCAAGUGUCAGAUGACAACCAGCAAAGAGCUUGGCGUACGCGUUUGUGGAAUGCAGAUCUGGAACGUCAAGACUCAGAGCUACAUCUUCGAGGACAAAUACUUUGGUCGCGAUCUAAAAGCCGGCAAGGAGUUUCAGGAUGCACUGAAGCGCUUCUUCUGGGAUGGUACAAGCUACAAGGCUGCCAGCAAGCACAUACCAGUGAUAUUGGACAAGAUCAGCCAAUUGGAGCGCAUGAUUAGAAAGCUGCCUGGAUACAGAUUCUAUGCCAGCAGCCUAUUGAUGCUCUAUGAUCGUGGGGACGGAGAGUCAAAAGAGAAGGAUGCUCCUAAUGGUGAAGACGCCUCAGCCACGUCGUCCGGACUCGCAUCACCCGGGCUAGUGUCGAAUGGGAAGUCGGCACCGAGUCAGCCAGAGAUCAAGCUCAAGAUUGUCGACUUUGCCAACUGUGUUACUGCGGAAGAUCCUCUACCUGACGAUCUGCCCUGUCCACCGCAAAAUCCAGACGGCAUCGAUCGGGGCUAUCUUCGUGGUCUACGAACUCUGCGCCUCUACUUUCAGCGUAUUUGGAACGAUAUUCAUGAGGAAUGGGUUGAGCGUGGUGAAGGCGAGGGCAUGGCCCGGAGCCAUCAUCACGGCCCGGGACUAGGCGACGUUGGAGCGGGCUGGCAAGACGCUGCCGGGGGCGAAGACACGGGCUACGUCAGUUUCUGA